UCUGGUAUAAAACUGGCGGUCAGCGGUUAUUUACUAUAGAAGUUGACAAAUCAGUGUGAAGUGGGCAUUUGCAUAAUGACCACGUUGUACUUUGUUCUAUUAGUAGCUGCGCUGGUGAGCGUGGCUGCCCAUACUGAGGCCGGUAAACUGAAGAGACAAGUGCCUGGCGGUGAAUCACCUCAAGACCCUAAUGACGCUAAAUACAAGAAAUUGGCUGAAGAGUCGUUUCAAAAGUACCGUGUGGCUAACCCAGGCGGAGUAAUAGAUGUUAAAGAGAUCAAAAUAACCAAAGUCACCAGCCAAGUUGUUGCCGGCUUCAAAACGCGUAUGGAUUUCACUGUAAUCCCUACCAAUGGAGACGUUAUUACGUGCCACUCUGAGAUUCUAGAACAGGCGUGGCUAAACAAGAAAGAAAUUGACGUAAAUUGCGAUCUUAAUCAACAGAAAAGUAAAGUAAAGAGACAAAUAGCUGGCGGUGAAACAAUGCAAGACCCUAAUGGUGCAGAAUACAAAGCAUUGGCGCAAGAAUCGUUACAGAAGUACCUCACAACAACUGCCCCUGGAGGGCAAGUAACUCCCAGACAGCUCAAAGUAACUAAAGUUACCACACAGGUAGUUUCUGGUACUAUCACGCGUAUCGACUUCACUGUAAUUCCUGCCAAUGGCGAGGAAUUCACAUGCCAUUCUAGUGUUUGGGAACAGCCCUGGCUUAACAAGAAGGAGAUUAACGUAGACUGUGACUUAAAUAAGCAAAGUAAAGUGAAGAGGCAAAUUCCUGGAGGGGAAACCGAGAGAGAUCCAAAUUCCCAAGAGUACAAACAAUUGGCAAAAGAAUCGCUUGAGAAAUUUAGCGCGACUUACCCUGGUGGACCAAUUCAAGCUAAACAAAUCAAAGUAACAAAGGCUACUUCCCAGGUCGUCUCUGGUAUGAUGUAUCGCCUGACGUUCACAGUAGAGCCUGCUAAUGGUGAGAAGUUUACAUGCCAUUCUAAGAUUUGGGAGCAGGCGUGGCUAAAUAAGAAGGACAUUGAUGUUAAUUGUGAUUUGAAGGGCUAGAAUGAAUAUGCAUAAUGUUUUCAUGUUUUAAUCUCAAACUUAGGUAUUUUUAUAUUGUGUACCAACGAAUAAAUAGGAAAACAUGUUAA